AUGCAGCGCAGAUAUCUGCUGCUCGCAUCCGUGCAGGCCGCAGUCCUGCGCGGCGGCGCAGACGUCGUUGGGCGCUCCUUAAUACCGGCGGAAGCCUACGCGCUUGACGUAGAGGCGACGAAUGUGUAUCGGCUGCUCGAGGCGUCCGCCGGCAGCGAGACCACGCCUGAGAUCAUCGUCCUCAAGUGCACGGCGGACUACUUCAUCUGGGCACCCAUCGCCAACACUUUAUACUUGGUCCUCGUGCCGCUGCUCAUGGGCCAAACGCCCGCCGCCGCCUUCCAAAUCAUGCUCGACGGGUUUGGGGCAGUCUCCUUGCUCGAGCUCUGCAUUUGGACGCCAUACAACCUGCUGUCGUUCCGCUUCCUCCCCCUCGAGCUGCGCCCGCCCACGCAGUCCGCUCUCGCUGCGCUCUUCACGAUCGGGUUGAGCUUGUACUGCUGA